AUGGUCAUGGUCUUUGGAGAAACCACAACCAAGGCCAAUGUAAACUAUGAGAAGAUAGUUCGGGAUACAUGCAGGGGCAUUGGCUUCACAUCACCUGAUGUUGGUCUUGAUGCAGACAACUGCAAGAUGCUCGUAAACAUCGAGCAACAAAGCCCUGACAUUGCCCAGGGAGUUGAUGGUAAUCUGACCAAGAAACCUGAGGAAAUUGGAGCUGGUGACCAAGGUCACAUGUUUCGCUAUGCUACUGAUGAAACACCGGAGCUCAUGCCCCUCACUCAUGUCCUUGCCACCAAGCUUGGUGCCAAGCUCACUGAAGUAAGGAAGAACAAGACUUGCCCAUGGCUGGGACCUGAUGGCGAGACCCAAGUUACCGUUGAGUACAUGAAUGAUGGUGGUGCCAUGGUUCCUAUUAGAGUUCACACCGUUCUUAUCUCAACCCAACAUGAUGAGACCGCACAAAAUGAACAGAUUGCUGCGGAUUUGAAAGAGCAUUUAGACAACGUUUCUGCAAAUUGA